GAGUUGGGGAGAAGUUUCGCGCAUCUGUUUUAAGGCUGUCCAUGCAACCGGGACGCAUUCAAUGGUCCUUAAGGUAACAUUGACAAAAGCUAGUAGUUGUAAUCAAAGUACACUCUUUGCGGGGGAGAAGCUUGUGACUGUGUUGGGAUAUACUGGUCCAUCCUCUGAAUCACAUAACCGGACCAGUAGGCUACGGUUGCGGGUCCCGUCGCCGUCCGUCGUGCGGAGUUCUCCAGAGAGCUUCAUACGGCUCACGGCUCAUUGUGGACAACAGUUUUGUGGUCUGCAUGUUUGUGACACUGGGAAAGAAAAGUCUGCUACUUGGAUCAAUUCAGGAUUAGUCGGGACAAGAUGAUCGUGUUUGUGAUUUGCACAAUUCUUCUGAUCAAAGCAGGUGUGGGCGAGGCGUGCGCCAGCGGGCGGCUCACAGAGUCAGGGCAGUGCUGUAGCUCCUGUCCCCCGGGGUCGGAGGUCCAGCAGCCGUGUGGGAAGGAAGACACAACGUGUGCACCGUGCCAGAAGGGAAGCUUCUCCUCGUCAGAUGGCCUGGAGCCCUGUCUGCCCUGCGCCCGCUGUAUGACCGGCAUCUCUCAGCUGGCCCCCUGCUCGGCCAUUCAGGACACACACUGUGACUGCCAGGAAGGCUUCUACCUGUGGCGCCACGGCAGGGAGGGUCUGUGUGCACCGUGCUCCAUGUGUGACCGUGGCAGGGGGGUGAACAGAACCUGUAACCCCAUGUCCGACACGCAGUGCCUGGACUGUCUGCCUGGAAGCUUCUCCGAGGAGCGCAGCCUCACCAAGGCCUGUCAUACGUGCACCAAAUGCCUGGAAGGCGAGGUGGAGAUCCGAGCCUGCCAGCCUAACUCUGACACGCUCUGCAUGGACAAGAAGCUGCUCAUUCUGUCCCGUCCCUCCGCCUCCGACAGUGCUAUUGACGGCACCCGCUGGCCAGUUCUGAUGGAGGAAGGGAGGGCAGGGGCGAAAGGGGUUGCCACAGCGACCCCCGACUACACCCCCCAGGGCGAGUACGGCAGGAGCAACAUCGUCAUCUAUGUGUCUGUCCUGGCUGCUGUGGUGCUGGGUCUGCUUCUGUACGUUGCUUACAAAUGCUGGACAUCUUGUAAACAGAAGAAAGCCCUGUCUAAGGCGCGAGCGGCAGAGCUGGGAGUCUCACCCGAGGGGGAAAAGCUCCACAGUGAUAGUGGUGUGUUCCUGGACUCCCAAAGUCUCCAGGACACUCAGCCCACCAAAGGCAGUAAAAGGGACAGUAAGAACGACAGCCGCCUCUACAUCAACCUGCUGGUCCACAGGAGGGAGGAGGUGGAGCGGCUCCUCCAGGAGGGCCGGGGGUGGAGGCCGCUGGGCGCCGCGCUGGGCUACGAGCCCGAGCAGCUGGACCUGUUCGGGCGGGGCGAGGCGCCGUCCCGCACGCUGCUCUCCAACUGGGGCCAGCAGGAGGGCUCCUACUUGGGGGUGCUGUGCUCGGCGCUGGUGCGCAUCGACAGGCCCGACCUGGUCGCCGUUCUGAACAGCCCGACGCAGGGUGCUUCUGUGGUGUGAGGCCCUGGGCCCCUGGUGAUAGGAGAGUGAGCAGGACAACACCUCACACUUCAUGGGAAUAAAAGGGGAGGCCCUCCGAUACGACACCUCUGUGAUAUUCACACGUUAUCAGGGCUCCUUGCUGGGACACUUGUUAUUUAGUGGGUUCUUUUUUUUAAAGAGGAUGACAAAUUGAGAGUUCCUGUGGCAACUCUCCAUGCCGACGCCGCCGCCACCUCCCCCCCCCGCCACUUAAAGAGAAAUGGAAGUAGCUCUCUUCUUGGUGGUAAGGCGGAUUAUCAGUCUAUGUCAGGGGUCAGCAACCUUUUCAACAUGCAGUGCCAGUUUGACGUUUUCUCAUUAAUGACUGCUCCUUAAUCAACAAUAUAUAAAACAUUAAGCUGAAUUAUGACACAGCGACCAAAAACAUUUCCAGAAGACCUGGAAUUGUACUAUUUCCAUAUAGUCCACAAUCAUGCAUCAACAUUUUAAAUGUUUUUUUGGUUGUUAUAUUUGCAACAUGGGCUUACAAAUUAUAAUUACAUAUGUCCCAUCUUAAAACACCAUUUUCAGAAACUCAUUCAAAAACAUAUUUGCACUGUGAGAAAUGUAAAAAACAGGAAUAUAUGAGAAUGUUGGAACCAUCCACAUCAAUAUCUUUAGGACAUGUACAGCUUUGCAAAACCAUGUGAAGGCGAUGCAUACAGGCCACUUGCAACAAUAUUUUAAAUAUUUUCUUUUCUAUUACUCACAACAUAGGAUUAAAAACUAUUAAUUGAUACAAUUUCAGAACACUGCUUUCUGUAACUAAUUUAAACAUAUUUGCACUGGGAGGAAAUGCCCAAAACAGAAUAAAGUGCAAAAAAAAUCGGUAGUAAUGAUUAUGCUGCCGCAUUGUGUUGUGACAUUUUUAAAUAAUAAUAAUACAAUAAAAAAAAAAAAAAGUGUGCCAAUGAUUAUGCUGCCCCGUGCCAGUGGUGGCACGCGUGCCUAUGGUUGCCAACCCCUGGUCUAUGUUUUGUAUGUUUUAACCUUGGUUCAUUUUUAUAUUGCUUUUCCCAUCACUAUGACAACACAUUAAAUGUACAAAUAUGCUCAAAAGAGAUUUGCUGAGGAUAUUUCCGUUCCAUGUACGACAACAUACCCGUCAUAGUUUAAAUUGAGCUGCUUCAUUCAAACAGGGCUGGUCUUCAACCUCUUAAAAAAGAAUCAGGACUACACUCAACCACCCCUGCAUUGACACACAAUAAUACUGAUAAUGGAUAACAUCUAUGAUCAGUUUUAUAAAUAGUGCACUCUAUUCUAGGCUUUGUAUAUGGGGACCAGGCCUCUGGUGUGUCCUGAUCCACUAAACAGAAAUGCUCCCAGGUGUAAAAUCCUCAAACGUAGCUCUUUAACAAGUUGUUGUUCAUGUUAUUGUACAUAAUGUAUGUUCAUAUAUUUUUUAAUAUCAUUUUGAACUGUAAAGAUUAAAAUGAAUGAUUAAAAGGUCUUUCCUACACCACAAACCUUUCAAAAUAUUUUGAGAAAUAUUGUUUUGAAUUACAUUUCAAUGCACAAAAUCAUACAAACCAAAAAGAGUAUGUUUUUUGUCUAUUCCUAUAUUGAUAUGUCUGCUUUUUUUUGUAAGAUUGUAUUUCAUUUAAUAAAUAGGCUUUGAGAAAUGGAGUGUGUGUUUCUAAUCAGAUAGUCAAAUCAUCAGGAAGUGAUUAAGUUAAGCUAAGUUAGUUAUCCUUUAUGAGGAAUGCAGUGGUUCGAAGGGCGGGAUAGAUCAUGGUUCCACUCCAACGAUGUGGUCUCAGGAUUUGGGGAUUUAAAUGUUUCUUGAAUGUGAAGUAAUUCGAGAUUUAACAUUGAAAUGCACAUGCUCCAUGUGAUUUAAAUGAGUUGCUAAUACCAAUCAGCCAAAAUACUAAUACUAGGUUUUACUAACAAGGAUUGGUCAAAUAAAAGUAUUUGAUCAGUUUGGAAUACAUGCUAUUUGGUUCUAAAACGGAAAGGUUUAAAGUAACCCAACACCUUCACUCUCUGUCCCUGAAAUCUAGGGGUUAUCAUGGAUUCAGAUUUACAUUUCGACAGUCACAUCAAAUCAGUUACAAAAUCGGCAUACUAUCACCUUACAAAUGUAGCAAGACUUAGAGGGCUCAUGUCCACCGAAGACUUACAAAAACUUGUACAUGCCUUUAUCACUAGUAAGCUUGAUUACUGCAAUGGUCUCCUUACAGGUCUCCCAAAACAAACUCUGAGGAAGCUUCAGCUUGUUCAGAAUGCUGCUGCUAGAGUUCUAACAAAGAAUCGUUACAUUGGCUUCCUGUAGGUCAGAGAAUAGAUUUUAAAAUCAUGUUGCUAACCUAUAAAUCCCUACAUGGUUUAGGCCCAAAAUAUUUAACUGAUAUGCUUCCACUACAUAAGCCUUCUAGACCACUAAGAUCCUCUGAGACCAAUCUGUUAAUUAUCCCCAGAGUAAACACGAAACAUGGGAAAGCAGGAUUUAGUUACUAUGCAACAAAUAGCUGGAAUAAACUCCCAGAGGAUUUAAGACUUGCCCCAACUCUGAGCACCUUUAAAACAAGACUGAAGACUUUUAUGUUUGCUUUAGCUUUCUGCUAAAUCUUAAAUACAUUGCACUUUCUAAAAAGCUUUAACUUUGCCUUAAUUUUCUAUUUUAAUACUAAAAUGCCUUUUUAACUUUCUAUUUUACCCAUUUCUUUGCAUGUUUUCUUUUACUUAUCUUUUAUUUUAUUUUAUUGUAUGACAAUGUUUAUAUGUGAAGCACUUUGAGUCUGCCUUGUGGAUGAAAAGUGCUAUAUAAAUAAAGUUGCCUUGCCUUGCCUAUUAUCAUGUUUUUAAUCAGACUUUUAAGUCUAUAAUAAAUUUCCUGUUGCAGAUCACUCCAGGGGAAUCAGCUAAUGUGAAUGCAAUGCUUUGGGGACAACUUCACUAAAUAUGG